UGUGCAAGAACAUACCUACAUUCAUAAUAUAUACCCACCAACUGUGAAGUUUCUCAUCAGUAAAAUUUUAAUUUCUGUCCAGUUGUUGUAAACGUAGACCAGUGUGAUAAAAAUUAAUUUUUAGAAAGAUAUUUAGAAAAAAAAGCAAAGUAAAAUUAGCAAAAAAAUUGCGAAAUUCCGUACGCGCAAAGUCAGAAUCAAGUUUAAUCACAUUCGAGUUUAUAUUUUGGAAUCAUGUUUACCGACAUGGAUAAAGUAAUAAUUAGCACUGGAAACAUUCUCAGUGUGAACAAAAAAGUUGGACAACGGGCCGAAGAUGAGCUAUUCGAUUGCUUGAAGGCCACCAUUGACGAUCCAAUUGUAUAUAAGAAAACUGGUAAAAUAUUUCGAAACAACGACGAUUUGAAUGAGAAAAUCAGUGAAUUCAAACGAGAAGAAGUGAAAAUUGGAGCCAAGGUAUUUCUGAACAACAGUUCCGUCGAGCAUCUGGAAAAUGCUCUAGAAAAUCUACUCUUGAUACUGGGUGUCAAUUACUUGGACAAUUUGAUCUUAUCAUUUCAUCCAAAACAAACGGUCAACAUAACAAACGGAAACGGUUCACAUAACGGCACAUCGAACGGAUCGAUUAAGGAGCCAGAUACACCAAACAGUGUAGAUGGAAAGGAGGGAGUAUUAGAAUGGGGUGUUGGCAAUUCAAAUGCAUUAAAUGAAUUGAAAUCGUUGUGGAAUGUAUUGGAAGACUAUGCGCAACAGAAGAAGAUCUGUCAAUUGGGUAUAUCUGAUUUGGAUACCGAAUCGUUUCAAGAACUGUACGAAAGCAGCACAGUGAAACCAACGAUAGCGCAGAUCAAUUUGAAAGCAUGCUGUGUUGUUCCGCCAUCUCUGCAGGAAUUCUGUACGAAAAAUGAAAUUCAACUGUUGACACACUCGGAUCCUGAAGAAAUCAUCUCCAGCGAAGCCCUCAACGAGUUAAACAUUCAAUCAUCGCGACCAUUGUGGACCACACGAUACCAAGUACAUGUACGGUGCCGAGGCGUCUUGACAGCAAAAGGUUUUAUCGUUUCCGCCACGAAACAUUGAGCGAACCACCAUCCAACCGACAACAUUGUGAUGACAUUAUGUUCAAACAAAAGUAUUAUUUUUAGACAUAUAAAUCGCAGCGAAAUCAAUGUUCAAAAUGUUUUUACUUACAAAAAAAAAUUAGGGGAUAGAGUUUGUUUUAGUGGUUUAAAUGAGAAACAGCGAACCAUAGAUUCCAUAGAAUUUAUAUUUAUUAAUUCAAUGUUUUUUGUAGAGUUGUUCAUCGUUUGUGUUUUAAAUUUAGAAAACCAAUGGUAUCCGAAUGACCGAAAAGUUAAUGGACGGAGGACCCGUAAUGUGGAUCGGUUAAAAUUUUAAUUUUAAAAUUACCAUUUGAUUCUGCCUCAUUGUUAGGGAUGCAAUGACUUUUUUAGCCAUACAUUUCAGAAAAGGUCUAAAGAUCAAGUACAUUUUUUAGGUGUAACAUUUCCUGAAAUGCCUCAAAUCAAUCCUAACAAUAACCUGGAGAUUCUCGUAAAAGCCAAUGUUCAAACCCCGUUAAUUUUUGAAAUGAUUUCGAUAGAAAAGAUUUUGUAAAACGAAUGUGAUAUAAAUCAUUGGAAGGGAUUACACUCUGUUUUCUAAUCACAGCCUAUGGCCGACCUAUUCUAAAGUACUUAAUACAUCUAUAAAGAACACCAUUUUGACCUGAAUUGUUAAAAACUUGAGUUCGAGACUUGUUCAAAAUCUGGUCAGAUCACUGCAUUAUGUUGUUCAUGGAAAAAAGGACACUGGGCAAUGUUCGAACUCUUUUUUUCGCGUUGUAUAUAACCUAUGUCCAACGCACAACAAGAACCCAUAAAGAUUGCUCUUCGCAGUUUUUGUUAAAAUAUUUUUUUUCAUUAACUCAAGUUGUAAAGGAAAUAGUACAAACGAACAAGACUAUACAAAUCGAUGGCAUUAUUUAGUUCACAAGCCGAUCGACGUUGAAUAGAAAAUAGGUUCGCAAAUCGGCAUUCCUUACUAAUAAAGUAUGUUAUUCGGUUAAGCAAUUUGAUUGUACUUAGAUUGAUGAAAUUUGGAAGUUUUUUUUCGUAAAUUUUGUGAAAACCAAAAAUUUUCCGGAUUGAUGUCCGAACCAUUUUUUUAAAAAUCACUUUAACUUUUGCCUUACAAACAAAGCGUUUUUGUAUAUUUUUUUGUAGUGAUUUUUUGGCGGAAGGGAUACUUUCUAUGCAAGGAUGUAAAACAUUUUUGAAAACUAUAAGGAGCCUAAUUUUUGUAGCACUUUUUUAUGCUAAAUUUAUAUAUUAUGAGCAAGGUAUACAAUUUCUAUUAUAAUCAUUGUUGAUUGUUAUGUACAAACAAAGAUCUAUGAAUAAAAAGAUUUUUUUUUGACA